AUGAUUUCCAAGCGUGCUUUAUCCACUCUGAUCCCUCCAAAGAUCGUUUCCGCUAAGAACUUGACCUCUGCUGGAAGCGCCAAACGUAUUUCCAAUGUGGUGAGUUUCUACAAAUCUCUUCCUCAAGGCCCCGCUCAGGUUGUCAAACCAACCAACCUAAUUGGCAAGUACAAGGCCAAGUACUUUGAUGAUGAAAAUGCUUCCGGCAAACCUCUGCUUCAUCUAGCAUUGUUUAUUCUAGGUUUGGGCUACUCAAUGGAAUACUAUUUCCACUUGAGACACCACAAGUCUGGCGAAGGCCAUUAA